AUGGAGGUUGGUUGUGCAUAUUUCGAUAAUGGUGGUGUGGAUGAGUGUGAGAAAGAGAAGAAAGAGGGAGAGGAAGCGGAAAUUGUCCUUGUUGAGGAUUCUGGGGAGGUUGAGAUGGCUGCCUGGAGUGACGCAUGGACAAUUGCGGAGAUAAAGGAGGGAAGUGACGUGACGGCAGACUGGAAAGAUGUGAGCUUGACUGUGAAGAUGCUGGGUUUGGGUUCAAGAAUGCAUGUUGUGAUCCAAGGAAAGGGAAAGCCUGCCGAUAUUGUUGUGGAGACUGCUGAGAAGACGAUCCAGAUGAACUAG